AUGGGGUAUUAUCCCAUUAAUGGUAUGUAUCCUAAAUGUCGAGUAUACAUUCCUACAAUAUCACUACCACAAAAUGAAAAAGAAGGCUUUUUUGCUAAAAUACAAGAAGCUAGGCGAAAGGUUGUUGAGCGUGCUUUUGGAGUACUACAAGCUCGUUUUGCAAUAAUUAAGAAUCUUGCACUAGCUCGUAACGCAUUUAUGUUAGGAAAAAUAAUGAUAGUGUGUAUCAUUAUACACAAUAUGAUUGUUGAGGAUGAAAGAGAUACGCAUAAAACGUCCUACGAUCCAAAUGAAUAUGAUCAAGCUACACUUGCGUCUUCAAGUAAUGGAAAUAAUGAAGAGCCUUUUCAAUUUCAAAAUAGCAACAACCGAAUUGCAAGUUUGGAAAAUUACAUGUCUAAUAGAGUUCGUGUUCGUAAUGAAGCUAUGCAUCAUGCCCUGAAGAUAGACUUACUUAGUAGUACUUUUGUGGCUCAAAUUCGGUGUUAA